CCGUAGGUAGAAAAUAGUGGUAGGAAUUUUUGAUUUGAUUUGUUGAAGUUCAAUGGCGGUAUUUCUAGAUUUUCAAACUAACGAAAUAUAUAGUUUAGGGUAGUUACUUUGCUCAUUAUUAGUUAUUGCGUGCUGUUUAGUGUUAGUAGUACAACAUGAUAGACCUAUUUAUGCCCUUUCGGGCUUUUCUUAAGUAUGAGAACGUUUGUUCUGAUAACAAUGUGUUCCGCAUGCAUUACAAAGUCACUGUGAUAAUGCUGCUGGUCUUCACACUGCUGGUGUCUUCGAAGCAGUUCUUCGGGGAGCCGAUCCACUGCAUGUCUGAUAGCGAGAAGGAUUCUGAUAAGGAUGCCGUUAACAGUUAUUGCUGGAUUUACGGAACCUACACCUUGAAGAGUAGGCUUGGCGGUAAAGAAGGCAUCAACAAUGCAUAUGUCGGUGUGGGUCCAGAAUCCUACAAUGAUGAGCAGAUCAAGCAUACUUACUACCAGUGGGUUUGCUUCGUCUUACUCGGACAAGCUGUGAUGUUCUACACUCCGCGUUACUUAUGGAAGAUUUGGGAAGGCGGCCGGUUGAAGGCUUUGGCUGCAGACUUAAGCAGCCCAAUUGUAUCCAAGGACUGGUCAGAAUUCCGUCGCGGAGAACUCAUUUCCUACCUGACCUACACCAACAUCUACACCCACAACACUUACGCCCUGAGAUACGCCCUUUGCGAAUUUUUGAACCUGGGAAAUGUAGUUGGCCAAAUAUUCCUACUAGAUAUAUUCCUCGGUGGUGCUUUCCGGAACUAUGGUGCUGCAUUUGCUGCCUUCACACACACUCCUAAAUUACCAGUCAAUAUGGAAGACUUUGACCUAAUAAACCCCAUGGAUCAGUUCUUCCCGAAGCUCACCAAAUGCUGGCUAAGGAAAUACGGACCAACCGGUACACUGCAACUCAAGGAUCGUCUGUGUGUGCUGCCUUUAAAUAUUGUUAAUGAGAAGAUAUUUGUUAUUUUGUGGUUUUGGUUGAUCUUUCUUGCAUUUGUUUCUGCUCUGGCUUUACUUUUCCGUUUACUGGUGUUCUCUCUAUCACCAUUGCGCACAUUUAUGAUUAUGGGACAAUUGAGAUAUGUACGACGCAGUACAGUGUCGAAAAUAGUAAACCGUUUUGGAUAUGGUGAUUGGUUCAUACUCUACUCUUUGGGCAAAAAUGUGAAUCCCCUUAUUUAUAAAGAGUUAAUUAUAGAGCUUGCUAAAGAAUUAGAUCACAAACCAAUUGUUGUUUAAGAUUAAAUGUUGUAAUAUCCUAAGAUAUUGAAUAAUCUUUUAUGGUUGUGAUAAAAUAACGAUCUCCAGUGUUGAACACUAAGGGCUAAGACUGAUAAUUCAUAAAUAAUUAUAAUUGUAUGUUGAUUACUUUAAAAUAAGGUCUUUUGAAGCAACUUUUGGCUCUGAAAUUUGACAAUUUUCGUUUGGUACAAGAUUAAUGUGCAUAGAAAUCUAUGAUUAUUUUUUUUGUAGAAUAUAUUUCAUGGACUUAGGAGGUACAACUCGACGGAGUACCUACUAAUUCCAUGAUUACUAUUCCAGUUACUAUAUAUUUGGCUUCAAAUGGAAUCCCAUUGACUUUAUGACCUUAGAUAGAGUAAGUAGUUAAGAGUGACGGUAGACCGCAAAUCUUUUAAGCUAUUCAAUUGCAAUCACAAAAUAACAUAGUUAUAUUUUUAUUGAUUCGAAAUUUAUGUUUAAAAAAAGAAUUGGGGGUAGUCUACCCUCAUUUCAAGCAAUUAGAAGUCUAGUUUUUGUUUAUGUUGAUCCUGAUUAUGAUUAUUAAAAUUUUAAGUGGAUUUGUUAUUUAAUUAAUUACUUUAUCACUUUAUAUUUAUCCAAAUAAUAUUUGGAAUAUUGUGAGUUUAUGCAUAAAUAUUGUUUUAAACUUAACAAUAUUGUUUUCUAAUUUGUCAUUACAUUAAGUCCUAAUGGGAUAGAUAAUGUCUAUUCUAAUAUAAAUACUGAAUGAUUAUUACUUGUUGAAAUAUUUUGUUACUAAUAAUUAUUACAAUUGAUGCCACUAUGUGCAAAAUAAAUCUUGAUUUUCAAA